CGCGACGUGAAGCUCAAAAGCUCAGCGACGUUGGUGGGACGCCGAGCCCAUCGAGACAUAUGACGCAGAGAUUGCCUGCGCCGCUUGCGCCUGAAGUGGUGCCUCUCAAGACGAAGCAAGGGACCGAUAUCAGCGAGCAGUUCGUCGCCCGACCGGACUUUCGUCAUACCGAUUUCCUCGUCGAGGAGUACAUCAAGAAUGACCUAGCCCUUCGUAUCGAUCUCGAUGAUGAGCUGUGCAAAGACUGGGCAGCCACCCAUGCCUGUCCUCGAGGAGCACUCUGCCCUUUGCGCCAUGUCAGACCGUCCAUUCGUAACUUCAGACCGAUGCCCGCAGAAGGGCGCGGCGCGCUCUCAAAGACGAUUUGCAAGCAUUGGCUCAAGGGGCUCUGCAAAAAGGGACCGGGCUGCGAGUUCCUGCACGAGCUCAACAUGCGCAAGAUGCCCGAAUGCUGGUUCUUCACCCAGUUCCGCUUCUGUGCUUCGGGAGACGACUGCAUGUACCUCCACCUCGUCGAGGCAGAGCGUUUGAAAGACUGUGAAGCCUACACAAGAGGGUUCUGUCAUCUCGGCCCCAGUUGUCCAGACAAGCACAGCCGAAAGACUGCCUGUCCUUCGUAUCUCAAUGGCUUCUGCCCGCUGGGCGCACAUUGCUCGCUCGUUCACCCUCCAUGGCUGAGAGACCAAGUGCAAGCCAGAGUGAAUUACAAAGAACCCAAGGACGCCUAUCGAAACCGUGAUCGGGACUGGCCUGAAGAAGUGGGAGGGAAGGGCGGUGACUGGGCGCCUGCCUACCGAGCAGAUGGCGGCCCUACGAUUCGCAACCAAAACCAGCCGAGACGUGCGCUCAAUGAGGUCACUUGCUACAAGUGUGGUGAGAAGGGCCAUUUCGCAAACAACUGCAUGAAUCGCGGCAUCCCUGGGGAUCGGGGAGGUCUAUCGCAGCGUAUGCCGCAGAUGCCAAAGAUGGGCGGCGCAGGCAAGAUCAUGUGAAAGCACAGCGAUAGAGCGCUGCGACAACUCAGCCUGCGAGGGUUGCAAUCAUGCAUACAGAACCAAGUACAGACGGAAGCAGUGCUGGCAUGUCUAGGCUAGGUCAGCCCGGGCUCCUCGGCAAUGGACCGUCGAAUGGCGAGCAAGACAGUCGUCUUCCAAUCGUCCAGCUUUGUCAGCUGAUCGUAAUCGGCCACAUGUUGCGUGCUAGCGGGGUGGAGUCAG